CCGGCAGCAGCGCCGCCGCCGCCGCCACCGGAGGAGAGACUUGGCCGCGCUCUCUGCCCAUCCGCCGCGCUCCAGGUACUGCCGGCAGCAGGAGGGACAGCGAGGAGUCGCGCCACUAUCGGGAGCUGCUGCAGCAAGAGGACCUUCCUUUCCCCGCCGCCGCCGCCUUCUGGCCAGGCCCCUUCUGCCUCGGCUGGGCCUUCGCCGGAGUCGCCGCCGCCGCCGCAGCAAUCGGCCGUGGCAGCGGCAGCAGCAGGAACAGCAGCAGCAGGCCCUGCCCGCGGAGCCUGCCUUGCAACGCCUGGGAAAGGGGCAGCAGCAGGGCUGCUUUCCCGCCGCCGCCUGGCUGCCCAGCCUGAGCACCGGCGGGGGGAGGGGGCAGCCUCCGCCGCCGCCAAGACUCGAGCCAUCUGCGCCCUGCAGCCGCCAGCACCGCCGCCGUGCCUGUCCUCGCUGUUCCUGAGCGGCUCCCGGCUCCCAGACAUGACCGCCAUCAUCAAAGAGAUGGUCAGCAGGAACAAAAGGCGAUACCAAGAGGAUGGCUUCGAUUUAGACCUGACCUAUAUUUACCCAAACAUAAUUGCAAUGGGAUUUCCUGCAGAGCGACUUGAAGGAGUAUACAGAAACAAUAUUGAUGAUGUUGUGAGGUUUUUGGAUUCAAAACAUAAAAACCAUUACAAGAUAUACAAUCUGUGUGCUGAAAGACAUUAUGACACCGCCAAAUUUAAUUGCCGAGUUGCACAGUAUCCUUUCGAAGACCAUAAUCCACCACAGCUAGAGCUUAUCAAACCUUUUUGUGAAGAUCUUGACCUAUGGCUUAGUGAAGAUGGCAAUCAUGUUGCAGCAAUCCACUGCAAAGCUGGAAAGGGACGAACUGGUGUAAUGAUUUGUGCAUAUUUGUUACAUCGAGGAAGAUUUCAGAAGGCACAAGAAGCCCUAGAUUUCUAUGGGGAAGUAAGGACCAGAGAUAAAAAGGGAGUAACUAUUCCCAGUCAGAGGCGCUAUGUAUUUUACUAUAGCUACUUGUUAAAGAAUCAACUGGAUUACAGACCUGUGGCGUUGCUCUUUCACAAAAUGAUGUUUGAAACAAUUCCAAUGUUCAGUGGCGGCACUUGCAAUCCUCAGUUUGUGGUCUACCAACUUAAGGUAAAGAUAUUCACCUCCUCUUCAGGACCCACAAGACGUGGAGACAAAUAUAUGUACUUUGAGUUCCCUCAGCCAUUACCAGUUUGUGGCGAUAUCAAGGUGGAAUUCUUCCAUAAACAAAACAAAAUGUUGAAAAAGGACAAAAUGUUUCAUUUCUGGGUAAAUACAUUCUUCAUACCAGGACCGGAAGAAAAUUCUGAUAAAGUAGAAAAUGGCAGUCUUCUCGGAGAUCAGGAACUUGAUGGUAUUUUCAGUACAGAACGAUCCGAUAAUGACAAGGAAUAUCUAAUACUUACACUAACAAAAAAUGAUUUAGACAAAGCGAAUAAAGACAAAGCAAAUCGUUACUUCUCUCCAAACUUUAAGGUGAAGCUAUUUUUCACAAAAACAGUAGAGGAGCCAUCAAACGCAGAAGCGAGCAGCUCAACUUCAGUAACACCGGACGUUAGUGAUAAUGAACCUGAUCAUUAUAGGUAUUCUGACACCACUGACUCUGAUCCAGAGAAUGAACCUUUUGAUGAAGAUCAGCAUACACAGAUUACAAAAGUCUGAAUAUUUUUUUUAAUUUGGGAAAAAAUACCACAAAGAAGAAAACUUGAAUAAACUGAAUUAUGGACCUUUUGGAAUGGCAAUAGGACAUUGUGUCACGAUUAUCAGUUGUAGAACAGUUUUCCUGACCAAUCUCGUUUUGCCCUAUGAAGCCACCAGGCUUGACACUUGUUGUCCAGUUGAGGAAAAAAAAGGUUACGUAGCUAUGUUAUGUAUAUACCUUUUUGUGUCAAGAGGACAUUUAAAUUUCAAUUAGGAACACAUAAAGAUGGCACUUUCCCAUUUGAUUCCAGUUUUAUAAAAGUGGAGACAGAUCUGAUGUGUAUACGUAGGAAUUUUCCUUUUGUGUUCUGUCAUCAACUGAAGUUGCUGUAAAGCUCUUUCUAAUACACAGGUUCACAUCCUGCCCCUUUCUUUGCACUUAUGUGGCAACAGAUAAGUCUGCAGUUGGCUUGGAGAAGUAAUGGGGUUUUACUACAUUUGAAUGCAUGUAAUAUGGAUAGGAGAGUGGAAAGAGAAGCUCAGAAAGGAAUGUUUUGUGCUGGACCCUGGACUGUGUACCAUUUCCAGCUUACUUACAUGCACCUCUUCAGCAUGCUCAGUAAUAAAUCCUGGACCUUGAGGAAUCGCCGCUGUCACUGCUUGUUGUUUGUGCAUUUUAUUUUUUCUACGCAUAAUGGUGCUAGAAAAGGCAGCUAGGGGGAGUGGUUCUGUGUUAAGGGGUACAGGAAUGAACCUUCCGCAACAUCUUACGAUUGAAAUAAUGGAGGGAUAUGAAAUCAAUGUGGAUACACGUGAAACACAAUAACAAUGACUUAACCAUAUAAAUGUGGAGGCUGUCUACCAGAAAUGGGCAUAAACUGUAGUUUGUGCGUUAGUUGACAUGUCCCCAGCUGUGGAUGGAAAAAGAAGAGUACAGCUUUUGUAGUCUUAAAACACACUCACUCUGUCUUUCAAACAAUUGCUUUUUUAAGCUUCAUAAUAUAAAACCUUACGUGUUUAUUGGCAUUAAGUUUGUUCAUCAGCAGUGGUCCCACUUGAUUAAAUUAAUUUGGAAUCCGUAGUGCCCAGUCCACUAGUAUUAAUAAAGAGGAUAUAAAUCAUAACUAAUCAAGGCAGAACUCAGGCUGAAUGCUAAACAAAGGGGCAGUAUGCCCCUUCCACAUCCAUUGGUCAAUUUUGCUCCCUUUCUAAAUCCUCUGUGUAGUUGUGUGCCUAUAACUUCAUACUGACUUUCGCAGGACUUGUGUUUAACUACACAGGAUAAUAGCUUUCAUCCAUAAUGUGAACGUUAUACAAAGCUAUUGCUGAGGCUUCCUAAGUUUUGAUCCCUUUAAAUGGUUCCAUAGAUUAAACUGAUUGGCACGAGUUGACUAUUGAAUCACCAUUGACUGUUCCCUCCCCUGUGAUUUAAGUUUAACCAGAUUUUUCUUAAAACAAUUUGAAAACAUUAACUGACUAAAAAGUUUGUGCUUUAAAAUAUUUGGAUGUUGACAGUGUUUGGUGUCUUAUAGAACUUUAUCUUGUACAGUUCUACUGUGUAAAAUGGGAGGGCCAGUUGGGAAGAGUUUUAUUGGCCUUUUGCACUGUUGUUCUUCCUUUUGGAAUGUGAAGGUCUGAAUGAGGGUUUGGAUUUUGAAUGUGUCAGUGGUUCUGAGAAGCCUUGCUUACGUUUUUAUGGUAUAGUCAUUGAAAAAGGAAAAUGGCAUUAUAUAUAUAUAUAUAUAUAUAUAUUAUGCAUACUCUCCUAUACUUUAUUUCAGCUACCAUCCCUAUAGAACAUGGCAAGAAUUACUAUGACUGAAAGGUUUGAGUCCUGAUUAAAACUUUAUUUAUGACAGUAUUCAUUAGCUUGAAAAUGCAUUCUUGUAGGUAAUUUCUUGAGUUUCUGGACUGUGUGCUUAAAUUCUUGGAUGUGCAGCCGCUUACAUGUCUGAAAUUACUUGAAGGCAUCACUUUGACAGGAGCUUACUGUUAGGCCCUGUGCCAUCCCUAGUCAUCUGUAGCCCCAGUUAAAAUAGUUUGUCACAGUAGUUAAAGGGCAGUUGUAUAAAAUAGCACCAAGUUUCUUUGCUGUGGCACAGGUUGUAAACCGAAGGGACGUUUACACACAGCAUCAGUUGUUUUCAGCUUUAAGGAACAAAAAGAAAUAAAGGUUAGGGUGCCAAUGUGCAGUUCCUUGUUUAAAUUCUAGCAAACGUGCAAUAUGUUAACGAUGCCUGUGGUUGCCACAAAGUGCCUCGUUUACCUUUUAAAAAUACUGUUAAUGUGUCAUGCAUGCAGAUGGAAGGGGUGGAACUGUGCACUAAAAGGAGGCUUUAACUGCAGUGUUCAGUAGAGCUGCCUCUUUUCUUCGCCAGUUCAAAAUUCUCAGUCUGUUUUCAUAUAGAAUAUAUAUACUAAAAAAAUUUGUCUGUUAAGCAGCCUUAUUCUGAUUCUGAUUCAGCCUCUUCAGAUACUAUUGUGCUGUGCAACAGUGGCUCUGUGUGUAAUGCUAUGCACUGAGGAUACACAAAGCAAGAAAAUGACAUGUACAGGAUAAUGUCUCAUACAAAUCAAAUGUCCGUUUGUUAUUGUGUUUAACAGCCCUUUAUCUUAGUGUUAAAACUCCACUUAAAACUGAUUAAAGUCUCAUUCUUGUCA